AUGUCGGUAUCCAUGAGGAACCCUCCCCAGCGCCGGCGCUCUCUGGGUCCCGUCUCCCCCAAACGCAUUUACAGGAACCUGUCCGUCAGACUGAGGGGCGGGGAGACAUCUGUUGCCGGGGAAACGGACGCGCCCAGGCACCUCGGCAAGUCUGCAGAUGCUUACCAGACUCUGUGGGAGGCGGUGGAACACGAGGACACUUUGGCUGUACAAAGCCUGCUGUCCAGAGACCACAUCGGCUGUGGAGGAGGAGGAGGAGGAAGCGGAGGAGGAGGAGGAGGAGGAAGCUUGUGGGAGAGAGGAGAGAGGAAAGAAAAGGACUGGGAGAGAGAGAGGGAGAAGGGGGUGAACAGGGUGAGCGAACAGGGCCUGGUCCCUCUGGACGUGGCCGCCCUCACACACAACUCCCCGCUGCUCCACGUGCUGACAAAGGCGGGAGCCAGACAUAACCCCGUUUUGUGCCGACCAGCAGAAUGGGCACUUAAGCUGGACGCCCUGGUGGCACUGGCGGGCAAACGCGUGGACGACAGGAAGAGGGAGUUGGUGAGGAAGACGGGGGCGGGGCCUCAGGCGCAGUCCGACAUCCAGAGACACAUCCGCCUCUGGAGCCUCAGGCUUCAGCUGUACUGCCGGAUGAGGGAGAACUUCCACAAGACAGAGCUCCCCGGCCCUCCCAGUCACGUGUCCAUAGUGGUGACCAGCACGUCCUCUUUGUUUGUGGCGAUCAAAGAGCCAGAGGGUGACAACAUGGGGCUCAUCACCCGCUACAGAGUGGAAUGGAGCACCUCAGCCAGCUUCAAACGCAUCCUCGCCUCAGCCCAAGUUACAGAGACCAAGAAUCCCUCUUAUAGUAUCAAGGGACUCACAGCGGGGGUGCAUUACUUUGUGAGAGUGAGUGCCUACAAUGUGAAAGGAUGGGGCCCGCCUCAGUGCUCUACUCCAGUCAGCGCUGCCCCCUCCAGUUGGAGAGAGUGUGUCGGUGUCAAGUCUCAGUUCAGGAACCAUGAGGUCAUAGUGAGGAAACUGCUGGAAGAUGCCAGAGAACCACAUUACAGAGGAUACUGCAUAGAGAGCUUGAAGCCCCAGAGUCCCAGCAAGCGUCUGUCUGUGUCUCGAGGCAUCAAACAACUGUUCCAGUCCGCCACCAAGUUUGUUCGCCUCCUACAAAGGGGCGUGUACUUGGCAACUGUGUUCUACCACAAGGACAACGUCCUGUUGACAGCCGAAGAUCAAAUCCCCCUGGUGGAGAUCCAGUGCUGCUCCACCUCCAUCACCCACGACUUCCCCUGGUUCGCCAAGUUGUCAUGCGCCUGGCAACAAGUGCCCUGGCUCCAGCAGGCCCUCUCCUCCGCACAUUCAUCUCCCUCCUCCCUCCUUCAGAACAGGCACAACAUUUUAAGAGCCGUUUCCCAGCUGCAGUCUUCCCUGGGAACGGUCGACCUGGGCCAGGUGUACUACGAACCUCUGAAAGACCGGCAGGGCAACGUGCUACUGGUGACUCUGAAGGAGUUCCCAAACCCUCCCAGUCCUCCCGACCCCCCGCUCCACUGGCUGCCCCUGGCCCGCCUGGAGAAGAACCGCAGCAGGACUCCUCGCCUGCCCGAGCCCACUGCCAUGGACAUGCUGUAUGAGCAGCUCAAGGAGAAGCUGUCCUUCCACAGGCACAGCAUCCAGUGGGCUCAGCCGGGCCUGUACGUGGGCAUCCUGAAGCUGUGCAGCUCCGUGGAACAGAUCAGGGUCCUGGUUCCCCAGAGGCUGCCCAAUCUGCUCUGCCACACCCGGGUCCGACACAACGCCCACGUGUCCAGAGAGGAGUGGACAUGGCUCCAGAGUCACGUUUACACCACAGCCAACGGCAGCGUCCAGAACCUGCUGAGCGGCGAGGACGAGAGCCUGAUGGAGAGCAGCGGGCUGGUGGACUUUGUCAGGUCUCUGAGAGCGGCCGUCACACACCUCCUGACGAAGCUCAACAUCCCCCUCUACAGGGCCUACCAGUACGGUGUGUACACUCGCGAGCUGCUGCAGUUUGGAGACAAGCUGUCCGUGCUGCUGCUGCUGCCCCCCAGCGAGGACUUCAGCUCCAGUUACUGGCCCCUGGUGGGGACCAAGGAGCCCGGCCUCACCAUGCCUCUGCAGAUCUUUGAGCUAGUUCACUUCUGGACGUAUGAGCGGGACUUCCUGUCCCAGUACUGCCAGGCGUGGGUGAGGCUGGAGCUGGACACUCAUCUGGCCCAGCAGGCUCUGCGGGAGGCGCUGGACACCAAGGAGGUGCAGGAGGCCCGGGAGAGGCUGAACCACAUCAGUGAACUUUCCCAUCGUCUGGAUGUGGUGUGGAGGGACGCCCGCUGGAUUAUGGACUGUCUGCAGUGCGUUCGCUCCAAGCAGUGGGUGGGGGCGGUGCCUCUGGGUCUGGUGAUGGGUGGAGACCCACCGCCCCGUCCCGACGGCGAGGAAGAGGAGGAGAGUUUGACCGCCAGACUGACGUGGCCCAGUCGAAUACAAGCACAGAGAGCCAUUGCAGAGAACUUAGACAGUGUGACUCCACCUAAUGUCGUCUCGGCUGAGGUCUCCGCCCCGGCAGGAAUCGAGGUCGCCCCCGAAGAGGCCGCUCUGGGGUUGAUGGAGGGCGUCGCCAAGGGAGGGUACCCCGUGGACAUCACCGCCCAAUCGGUGGUGGACUUGACGAGCAUCGGCCCGUCUGAAUUAGGAUGCGCGAGCGCUUUAAUUGAAUCUGGACUCGAGCCGGCCGCCGUCGCACAGUUGGACGUAGCGUAUACAAUGCUGGACACACAGGAGUCCUACAGCCGGGAGGAGGACUUUCCCUCCAGCAUCACUGAGGUGAUCCGACCGAUGGAGAUGGCAGAGUUGGUGGACAUCUUGCCCACGCUGAGUCUUAUUGAGGAGGAGAUCCCCAGUGGCCCCCCCACACCAUCAGUAAUGGAUAUGCUGGAGAGCUUUGGACUGGGGAUUGGUGACAACAACAGCUUCUUUAACUUGGGGAAUUCAGUCUUGAUCGGUGGAGCUGAAUGUCUCUCACAACCCGACGUGCACUGUAACAACAGCAGCGGCGGCGUGAGGGGGGCACACGGCGAGAACGUGGUGUCACAAGGACAAGACGUCGUGGUGGUGGUGUCGGCCUCUCACGCCGCGUCGGGCGCCAGCGGUGGAGACGUGCCUGUUUUGAGCUGGGAUUUUCCUCCAGAGGAUACAGAGACUCAGCAGGUUCCCAGCAAGGGGCCGUGCCUCCCAGCGAGAAACCAGGUGGAGUGGGACAGACCCUCCGGCAGCUUGUCCUGAUAUCGACUCAAGCAGCAGCCUACGUCGAACUUCUGUCAAUGUAAAACCUCAGCAGCUGGACGCCAUCGAUUCACAGAGAAAAAGCCGAGUUAGAUUUUUUUUUGGUUUGGAAAUGACUUGAUCCUUAGUCCCUGACUUUCCAUCAGUGUCCACUUCACGUGACAUCUAGAUACAACUUCAUCUAACAUAUGAUUGCAGCUGAUCUAAAAAUGGAAACUUAAAAGAAAGAUGUCUUUGUUAGGCUUAUUUAUGUGGUUUGCACAUAUCUGGACCUGUAGCUGAUCUUCUCUAAUAUUCAGUCCAGUAGAGCUUCUCGUGUGCAUGAGCUAAGUUAUAUAGUACCGGUUCUUAUGGCUUGAAAAUCCAUCACUCACUACAGCAUAAAGCAACACUGCCGCUUGUUGGAGCUGGUAAACAUUAAUUUAUAUUAAAUGCAUACAGUUCAGUUUUCUCUGCAGUCGAUAAGAAGCUGUUAUUCUGUGGUUUACCUCUGUAAAACUUUUGGUAUUUAAUAACAAAGCGGGAGUGAGAUUUCUAAUCCUGUUGAUCAUACAGUAACUGCUGUUAGUCGGACCAGUUUGCCAGUUUCGACUAUUUGCUUUUCCAUGGUCCACUCGAGCCGAGAUUCACAAGAAACACGAGUCAGACAAAAAAAAAAAGCCUAAAGAUAAAAUGCCAGUUAACAGUCGUGAGAAGGACACGGAGGAGGAUUUCACAGAUGAUCCCUCACUACAAAGGUCUAUUCAUAUUCAGGUUUUUAAAUCCUCAAACAUUUCAUUUGUUUGCCUCCAUUUACCCUUUUAGUAAAAAAAAACUGUUUGGUUUGUCUCAGUUCCUUAAGGAGCAUGAAAUCCAUUCAAAUUCAGACACACAGAAAGUUAUUACCUCCGCCAAGUCUGUUAUGUUUUCACCCGUGUCUGUUUCUGUUUGUUGGGUUGUUUGUUUGUCAUCGGGAUGAAAUGAUUUGCUCUGAACUUGGUGGAUGGAUGGACGGGGGAUGGGCCAGGGAAGAACCAAUUAAAUCUUUGUGCAGA